UCUCUCUCUGUGUGUGUUUUUAAUGCAGAGCAAGAGAGACAGAGAGAGCCAUGUCUUUGCUAUCAGAUCUCAUCAACCUCAACCUUUCGGACACUACGGAGAAGGUGAUUGCUGAGUACAUAUGGAUUGGUGGUUCUGGCAUGGACCUCAGAAGCAAAGCAAGGACUCUUUCUGGACCUGUGAGUGAAAAAAAAAAGCUUCCAAAGUGGAAUUAUGACGGAUCUAGCAUAGGACAAGCUCCUGGUGAAGAUAGUGAAGUCAUUAUCUACCCUCAAGCAAUUUUUAAGGACCUAUUCAGGAGGGGAAACAAUAAAUUGGUCAUGUGUGAUACUUACACACCUGGUGGUGAGCCAAUUCCAACAAACAAGAGGUUCAACGCUGUAUCAAAGCUGGAGAUGAAUUGUGGGUGGCUCGUUACAUCCUUGAGAGGGUCACGAAGAUUGCUGGGGUCGUGGUUUCCUUUGAUCCCAAACCUAUCGAGGGUGAUUGGAAUGGCGCUGGAGCUCAUACCAAUUACAGCACCAAGUCUACGAGGAGUGAUGGGGGUUUUGAGGUCAUCAACCACCGAACCCCGACCAUGUUCCGACAAGCGCCUCAGCUCAUGGCACGAGCCACCACGGUGGCGAUGAGGUGUCACUGCCAGUUCUCCACCGACGUCCCGGUGGAAGCUUCCGCGGACUCGACGUUCGUGGAGGCGUGGAGGAAAUUGAUACCAAACAUUGAGCCACCGAAGACUCCGUCGUCCUUCAUGGCUCCUCGCCCUUCU